GGAGGCAGGCAGGCAGCCGGGAAGGAGGGAAGGCAGGCAGCAGCAGCCAGCGAGGCGGCCGGCGGGCGAGAUGUUCGCGCUGGAGCAGUUCGAGGCGCAGAGCGGCGGCGGCGGCGGCGGCGGCGGCAGGAGCGGCGAGCGCGGCGGCGCCUUCGGAGGGCAGCAGCAGCAGCAGCCGCCGCCGGGCAUGGGCGCCCACUUCAAGCCGUCGCCCUUCCACGGCGGGGCGGCCGGCGGCGAGCCGGCCCUGAGCGCCCUGGGCGAGCCCACCUCGGCCAUGCUGGCCAUGAACCUGAACUUGUCCGGGGAGGCCUACGGCUUCCACGCCCGCGGCGCCCACGUCGACCUGCACCAGGCCCCGCCCGGGCACGGCUUCUUCGGCAGCCAGCAGUCCCCGCACGGCGCCCACCAGCACCACCACCCGCCGCCGCCGCCGCCGCCGCCGCCGCAGCACUUCGGAGCCGGCGGCUUCGGGCCCGAGCCCAGCGCCUCCUGCCUGCACGGCGGGCGCCUCCUGAGCUACGCGGGCGGCCAGCAAGCCUUCGCGGCCGACGGCUACGAGCAGCACCUGGCCGAGGGGCAGGCGGGCGCCGACGGCUUCGGGCAGCAGAGGGCCGGCCCGCUGCCGGACUUCCAGCCGCCGCCCCACAACCCCGGCGUGCCGGCCCCGUGCCUCCCCCUGGACCAGUCGCCCAACCGCGCCGCCUCCUUCCACGGCCUGCCCGGCGCCGCCGCCUCGGAGCCGCACGGCCUGGACUCGCAGCGACGCCUGCCCAGCCAAGGGGCGGCGGCCGUGGAAGCGCUCGACUACAGCUACGCCAGCGGCGAGGGCCACUUCGACCUGCCCGUCUUCUCCCCCUCCGAGGCUGACGGGCAGCUGCCCCACUACGGCGCCGCCGGCAGGCAGCAGGGGCCCGGCGCGGGCGGCGGCUUCUCCGGGCCCUCCUCGGCCCUGGCCCGCGCGCCCGCCGGGAUGGCCGCCCUGGCCAAGGCGCACCCCCAGCCGCCGCCCGGCGUCUUCUUCGAGAGGUUCGGCGGCGCCCGCAAGAUGCCGGCCAGCGUGGAGCCCGGCCUGGGCGCCAGGCACCCCCUGGCGCAGCCCCCGCCGCCGCCGCCGCCGCAGCCCCCGCCGGGCCUCCUGGCCAGGCAGAACUCCUGCCCGCCGGCCCUGCCCCGCCAGCAGCCCUGCCCCGAGGGCAGCGCCGCCAACCCGGCUCUGCAGGACGGCGGCCCCCUGCUGCCAGGCCCGCACGCCCAGUUCGAGUACCCCAUCCACCGGCUGGAGAACCGCAGCCUGCAGCACGCCUACGGCCCGCCGGCAGAGCCGCUCUUCAACGUGCACCACCCGCCGCCGCCCGCCAACCAGCGGCUGCAGCACUUCGACGCGGCCCCCUACAUGAACGUGCCCAAGCGGCCCCGCUUCGACUCGUGGGCCGGCGGCGGGGGCGGCGGGGCCAUGCACGGCGCGGGCCUGGACAGCCACCUCUCGCCCUCCGCCGCCUACUCGGGCCUGCCGGGGGACUUCCCGCCGCCCGGCCCGGACAGCUUCGCGCCGCCGCCGGCCGCCGCCGACCCGCAAGCGGCCCUCCAGCAGCAGCAGCAGCAGCAGCGCCAGAACGCCGCCCUCCUGAUGAAGCAGAUGGCCGCCUCCCGCCACCCGCCGCAGCGCCUCCGCCAGCCCAGCCUGCAGCAGCUCGGCCACCACGCGCACCCGCACCCGCACCCGCACCCGCACGCCGAGGCGGCCUUCGAGGCGCAGGAGGGCGCCUGGUUCCCGCCGGGCGCGGCGGACUUGCUCUUCCGGCCGGCCAUGCAGGAGCCCCCGCCGCUGCGCUUGGCCUCGGCGGGCGAAGGACACGCGCCCUCCCCCGGCGCCCUGCACGGCCCCUUCGGCCUCAGCCCGCCGGCGGAGCGCAGGCCCGGCCCGGACUUCGCCGCCCAGCAGGCCUUCCCCUUCGGCGCCUCCAGCCGCCAGGCCACCCCGCACGGCGGCGCCUCGCCCGCCUCCUACGGCCCCCCGACGGACUUCGCCGCCGCCGGCCCGCCGCCGCCCCCUCGGCCGCCGCCGGCCAGCAGCAAGCUGGGCGCGCUCUCGCUGGGCUCCUUCCCCAAGGGCGGCGGCGGCGGCGCGGGCGGCGGCGGGGGCCCGGCGGCGGGCGGCGGCCCCAAGGAGAGCAGCGGCCUCUUCGGGCAGAGCUGCCUGGCCGCCCUCUCCACCGCCUGCCAGAACAUGAUCGCCAGCCUGGGCGCCCCCAACCUCAACGUCACCUUCGGCAAGAAGGGCGCGGCGGCGGCGGGCGGCGGGGAGGGCGCCAAGCGCGGCAAGCUCAGCCCGCCCGAGCCCCCGGACGCCGCCGGCCUCGCCCCCGGGCCCCAGCCGCCGCCCCCUGCCCCGCCGCCGCCGCCGCCGCCCGAGAGCGGCCUGUCGCCCACCUACUCGCCCGGCCCGGGCCCCGACCCCAAGGCGGGCGGCGGGCGGGGCCGCGGGCGGCGGAAACGGGACAGCGGGCACGUCAGCCCGGCCGGCGGCGGCGGCGGCGGCUUCUUUGACAAGUACGGCCCGGCGGCCGGGGCGGAGGGCGGCAGCCCGGCGCAGGGCGCGGAGCGAGGCGGCCCGCCGCACCUGCUGGAGCCCCACAAGGCGCUGAGCUCCCCGCCGGCCGCCUCGGCCUGGGCCAAGGGUGGCGGCGGCGGCGGCGGCGGGGGCGCCGAGCUGCUCCUGCCCGCCGCGGCCCCGGAGCAGGCCGAUCUCCUGCCGGGCCUGGACAAGGCGGACUCGCGCUCGCCCCGCGGCGACUUCCCCGAGGAGGGGGCCGGCGCCGAGGACGAGGUGUCGUCCAGCUCCGACAGCCAGCCGCCCAAGGGCGCCGCCCGCAGCCCGCCGCAGGCCCGCCCCGGGGGGGAGCACCCGCUGCUGGGCGGCCAGAAGGGCGCCCUGGCCCCGCCGCUCGGCCUGCACGGCGGCAGCGCUUCUACCUCCAGCCCCGACGGCUACGGCGGCCCGCCCACCAGCAGCGGCCCCGGCCCCGGCCCCGGCGGCGCCCCGGCCCAGGACGAGAUCCACCCGCUGGAGAUCCUCCAGGCGCAGAUCCAGCUGCAGCGCCAGCAGUUCAGCAUCUCCGACGACCACCAGCCGCUGGGCCUGAAGAGCGCCAAGAAGCCGCAGCCGCAGCCCGGCGAGGGCGAGGGCGGCCCCCUGAGCAGCUGCUGCGCGGCCGCCGAGGGCGCCAAGGGCCCCGCCGUGAGCACCAUCGACCUGGACUCGCUGAUGGCCGAGCACUCGGCCGCCUGGUACCUGCCCGGCGACAAGCCCCUGCUGGACGGCCUGCCCGAGGACGACAAAGCCCUGGCGCCCUGGGAGAAGGCCAAGCCCCCCAACCCCGCCGGCAAAGAAGCCCACGACCUCCCCGCCACCAAGACCUCGGCCACAGCACAGACUGGCAGCCACUUGCAGUGUCUUUCUGUCCACUGCACAGAGGACAUGGGAGAGGCGAAGGGGCGGACUGCGGUGCCGGCGUGGCGAUCCCUGCACUCGGACAUCUCCAACAGAUUUGGAACUUUUGUCGCUGCCCUGACUUGAAGAAGAAGAAGAAGAAGAAGAAGAAGAAGGAAUUAUUUUUCAUUUCUCUUUAUGUUUAAAGGGCCACUCCCGCUAGUUGGACUAUUUUUCUAGGUUGGUACCUGCUUAGCGGCAUAGAGACUGGAAAGGGUUAAUUUAAAAUCAAGCUCCCCCAAGUUUCUUUCUCCUUUUCAGAUCUCCCAUCCUGGUCUGUCCCCAGUGCUGACCCUCCUCCUCCUGCUCCCUUCAGGGUCAGUUCACGGGUCCGGUUUGGCACGGGUUGUGUCUGGCUUCCCCGCUCCCCUGCCCUCAGAGGCGAGCAGCCAGUCCCCCCUCCUUUCUGCUGCGUGUGACGUGUCCAAAUCCCGAUGUGGAGUGCAGGCCGUGGCAAGGAGGGGCUUCAGCUCCGCACCAUCCCUCCGGCCGGAAACAGCCCCGGAGAGACACAGUUUGCCCCGCUGGGGCUGCCCAUCCCUGCGGGGGUGUUUGUGUGUGUGCCUGUAGGGAAAUGGGGGGCGAGGGCUGAGGUCCCUUGCCUGGCACAAAGUGAGGGGGAACUCACUGCUCACACCUGUCUGAAAGACAAAGUGAGGAACCCAGAUACAACCUGUGUGAAAGACAAUGUGUGAAUUGGGCCUCUUUCUGGAGAGAUUCGUUCCCAUCACAGUCAUCUUGGCAUUUGUUGCUAGGCGAGACCUUUCCUAUUUCUGUUUCUAUCCCAAGUUGUGCAAGUCACAGUAAGAAAAGAUGCUUCCCUCUUUUACCCGUUUCCCCCUUCAUUCCAUACUGCUCAGAAUAGCAAUCCUGCAAAACAACUGCAGGAGUCCAUAACCUCUUGAGAUCAAACUGCCGGAGUGACUGAGAGUUUCGUGGCCACUCCCUGCCAGCCAAACCUCUGGCUUCCAGGCAGGGAAUCCUUCACAGCUUUGUUCUUUCUGGCCACUGAAGGGCGGUUGACUGGGGAAGCAGGCUCCUCCGCCCCCUCCCCACUGCCUGGUUUGUUUUCUGGCCCGAAACCGCCCCUCCUUGGCGAGCCCCAGUCUCUCCCCCUCUGUGGAAGGAGCUUUACUCUCAACGCACCCCAUUCUUUCUCGCCAAAGACCCAGCUGGAGUGGCAUGUCCUUCCCUCCCCCUGCCCCACUCCGCCCCCCCCCCCACGUCUGUGAACAGGGAGGUAGAGUCGGUCUCCAGGCGAUAUUGUUUUAGGUUUUGGGGGGCCGGCAGAGCGUUGUUCAAGCAGUUGAAGUGUUUGGGGAGGGUGCUGGUUGCCAGGAGCUCCCUUCUCGUGGGGCUGGCCUGCAGCAGCCGAGGACCGGAGGGAGCACCGCUUGCCCUGCCCUGGGAGGAGGCAGGAUGCCUUGGGGGGGGGGGUCAGCUGUUGGCCCCCUGCCUGUGGCUCAUGGUGGGAGAGGAGAAGCCUGGGGCCUGAUGCCCACCCCCAGGGCAUAGAAAGAUGGGGCAGGGGGUGCUUGCCUCCUGCGCUGCCCAGCUCUGUGGAGCUUCGUUGGUGCUGCUGUGUAAAUGUUCUUUAUCCAGAAGCCAAAAUUGGAAAGAUGCUAAGCUGGGGGGGGGGGGAUGAAGCAAAGUCUCUUUGGAGGCCUGCGACCUUGGCGGGGCUCCUCUGCCCAGCAGUUUUUGAGAAAGCCAGAGGAAAUGGCCUUGGUGCUGGAGUGAGGGCCGCCUGCCCCAGGGGCUGUUCGUCCAAAGGAGCCUUGGUUCCUCCCCCCCUCCCUCCGGUGCUUGUGGUGGCUGGCCCCGCUGAGUCAAGCGCUCUUGCAGGGCCUGGCUGGGUUCAGGCCUGCAAGCGGCAGUGCGGGUCUGAGCUGCAGUGCCUGCUGCCCCCCUCGUGGCCAGGAGCCAGCCACGCCCCUGCAGUGGGUCAGCACUCUCCUCCAGCGGGCUUGGCUGGACGCUCCUUGAUGCCCAGUUCCUGCCUCGUCCGUGGUUCUCGUCUUGGGCCUGGCUGGAACCUCCUGCCCCGCUCCCUGCUGGGCAGGGCUCUUGUGGGCCAGGCUGCUGCCCAGCGCCAUCAGCCGUGUCCAGGACUGCGUGGAACUGAGGAGCUGCUCCGCAGUGUGGCGCCUGCCUUUCAGUCCCUUGGCCCCGUCCAGCAACCUGAUUCAGCCGCAAGGGUUUCGAGGAAGGUUCCACCGCAGGUUCAAAGAGCAGCAUCCUUCGGCAGGAGCCGGCAUGGCUGUUCCGCAGGUGUCUCUGCUCCUCAGGCAGAGGCCGCCCCUUAGACAUGAACUGCCGCUGGGCCCUGGUCGUUUCGCCUUCAGCCGUUAUCGUCCUUCCAAGCCCUUAAGAUUUUCCAUGGAUGCAGAGGCCAGGCCUGCCCCCGAGGGAUCCCAGUCUUGGGUGUCCCUUCCCGGCUUCUCUGUCAGGAAGGCAGGGCUUUUCUGGAGGUCUCCAGUUUGCAGCAAAGGACCCCCCCCCCUCCCGGUUCGGUCCUGCCUUCUGUCUGGCCGAUGGAGCUGGCGUAGCUUGGAGCGCUGCUCUUCUUCUGGGGACCUCAGAGGGCUCUGGGCUGACGUGCUGCCUGUUGUAGGCUAGGAGUACUGUUGGCUGUUCAGUGAACAGAGUCUCUUAUCCUUCAGUCAUAAAAGAAAAGAAACAUGCUUCCUAAUUUUUUUAAAAAUUGUACUCCCUGAAAAAAAAAAUCCAGGGGAUUUAAAAAAGAAACAAACACCCACCAGAGUAGACCUCAUUGAGGCAGCUGGACAAACUGAUUCCACUGGGAUGUCUUUGUUAGUGAGAAAUGAUUAUUUCGAGCCAAAAAACCCUCCGAGGCAAAUCUUGGCAAACUCUCUGUGCCCAGCUGUCUGUCUGGAUAACCUGCCCACUUGCCAUCUUAAACUGGACCACGUGCUGAAGUCCUUGGCUUUACACUGAACACAAGCUGCCUUUCUGCUGACUUUGGGUUUUUCAGAAUAUUCUGUAUAUGCUGAAGGACGGAAAUUGUGAGAACUCCGCCAGGGACCCUGAAAUUGAGCACAUACAGGCCUCUUUCAGUGGCUCAUUUAUGCACUCGGGGAUGGUGGGCCAGAUUCUUAAGUGGUCCAAACAUGUUACCAGACGUAAACCAGAUGAAACCCCAAGGCAUUUAAGCCAUUGUCUAAUGCAAACUAAUUCCCCCGGGGCUCACAACUGCCAGUUUUAUCAAAAAAGUUGCCUCUUAGAACCUGAUUUCCUAAGCAAAGCAAGCAGAGAGUGAGUGUGGGGCGUGUGUGUGUGGGGGGGGGGGGGUGUUCCUCAGUCCCGAAGCUAAUCUUUAUGAAAGGUCUCUUUCUCGAGCCUCGGCAAACUCCCUGUUCCAUGCAAACUCAGUCCAACAAACGUUAUUGCACAUGUAAGAUAUACAUGGGGGCAAUCUGUAAUCUGCCCUCCCCCUCCCCCAGACUUUUGUUUAAAUUCAUUUCUCGAUGCUUGGUUGGAAGACUGUGACGAAAGCUCAUGAAAAGAGUGUUAUUUUCUUUCUUUUUUAAUAUGUAAAGUGCAGUCUUCUGUAUUCAUGCAUAUUGUAUAUAUCUGUAUAUGUUUUACUGAGCAACUAAAUAACAAUAAAUAUGAUGUUAAUGGUG